UAGUUUUACGUCACGUUUUACGAGACUCGUCAUUAAAAAGCGAAAAUUAUUUGUUUAGCUAAUUAAAAAUUAUAUAUUGUAUUUAUUAUCUGGAAGACUUAAGUUAUGAGUAUUACAAAAGUAUUUUACUUGUAUAAAGUUUAAUGGAUCCCCCAGAAGUAGACAGGCGAACAUGUUGGGUUUGUUUUGGAACAGAAGAUGAUGAUACAAGUGCUUUGUGGAGUCGACCAUGUAGGUGUCGUGGAACAACAAAAUGGGUUCAUGAUUCAUGCCUCCAGCGAUGGUUUGAUGAAAAACAACGCGGAAACCCCACUGUUCGUGUUUUUUGUCCUCAAUGCAAUACUGAAUAUACAAUAGACUAUCCAGCUUUAGGACCACUUCUUCUUCUUAUAGAUAGUGGUGACAAAAUGAUUAAUAAACUAUCUAAUGUUGUAGCUGCGGGAGGUGUAAUUGGUUCAUUAUAUUGGUCUGCAGUAACCUUUGGUGCAAUAUCAGUUAUGCAAGUUAUGGGUCAUAAGCAAGGCUUUGAGAUGCUAGAGAAAGCAGAUCCUUUAUUUCUGCUAGUUGGGCUUCCUGUUAUCCCAUUCGGAUUGAUUCUAGCAAAAAUGAUUAGGUGGGAAGAUUAUAUUUUAAAUUUGUGGAGAAAAAAUUCUCAAAGUUGUUGGAUUUUGAGAAAGUUUUUCGGUGAAUAUGAUUCAGAAAAUAGACCAUUAAGACAACCAGAAGAUACGUCACAAAAUGAUUUAAAUAGCUCUACUCGAGUUUUGUGUGGUGCUUUCACUCUUCCAACUUUCGCAACAGCAUUCGGGAAUUAUUUAUUCCCAAAGGUGGAAUCACCUCUUAAAAGAGUCAUUUUAGGUGGUGCAACUUUCAUACUGAUUAAGGGUGUAAUUCAAAUAUAUUACAGACAACAACAGUAUUUACGUUUAGCUCGUCGCCAAAUCAAAGACUUUGUAGAACCAAUUUCAAAACCAUCUGAUGAUAUACCUACAAGUUUGUAAAAAUUAGUUUUUUGACAAAAUAUUGCGUGCUUUAAGUAGUUUAGUGUAUCAAGUCAAAAAUUUAAGAACUUUGAUAAUACUAAAAACUUUUAAUGAAGUUGAUUUUUAAAAUAUAAUAGUUUUUAUUAUGUGGUAAAAUUUUUUUUUUUUUUUUAAAUCACAAUUUUAAUUAUUCCCAACAAAAAUUAUUAUUUUUUUAACUUCAUACACUAAAGUAUUAUAAAGUAUGUUUUUUGCCGCUUAUAUUAACGUUGCCUUCAUUUUUAGUUUUUUUAUGUUUUUUCUUUUGAACUGCACAGAAAAAAAAAGUUCAAUAUUACGCAGAGGUUUAAUGUGCGUUUUUCAUUCUUAACAUUUGUAAAUGUCUUUUUAUAAUUUUAAAAUCUAUUUCCCCUGUUGUAAUAGUUUUAUAAUUUAUUAAUUUUUAAGAUAAUCACUUAAUUAAUUUUAAACAACCUUCGUUUGCGUUUUUCAGCUAAAAUAUUCCCAAAUUUAUUAUGUAUAAAGGUUAGUAAAAUCAAAUAAUUUAAAGUGGAUAGUUUUUGUUUUUUGGCGGGAAUCUGUUUUUGCCAUUAAACACUUUAAAUUAAUAGUUUUCUAAUUGAAAUCUCUCACCAAGAAUGGUUUUAGGCCUGGGAUUGACUUUGACUAAACAAGAUUUUUUUAAAGUUUCAAAAUGGCUAAUAAUUGUUUAAAUAAAAAAUUCGUUUUUUUUU